AAAAAGGGCUGCGAUUGUUUGUUGAAAAACCCAACCUUUUUGUUUUUCGGUCUUCCUUUUCAUCCCACUAAAAGCUUCUUCCUUUAAGGUGGUGGGAUAUCUUUAUGCAAUAUUCUGGUGGCACAAACAUGGUGGAAGAGAAGUCCACGAUUGCAAAAGAUGUCACUGAAUUAAUUGGUAAGACACCUAUGGUGUACCUCAACCAUGUCACUGACCGUUGUGUUGCCCGAAUUGCUGUCAAGCUAGAAAUGAUGGAGCCAUGCUCCAGCGUCAAAGACAGGAUUGGGUACAGUAUGAUUGCAGAUGCAGAGGAGAAGGGCCUUAUCCAGCCAGGGGAGAGUGUUUUGAUUGAGCCAACAAGCGGAAAUACUGGGAUUGGUCUGGCAUUUAUGGCAGCUGCAAAGGGUUACAAACUUAUAAUAACAAUGCCUGCUUCAAUGAGCCUUGAAAGAAGAACCAUCCUCCGUGCAUUUGGAGCUGAGCUGGUCCUGACUGAUCCAGCCAAAGGCAUGAAAGGUGCUGUUCAGAAGGCAGAGGAGAUAGCAUCGAAGACUCCAAAUGCUUACAUUCUUCAGCAGUUUGAAAACCCUGCCAAUCCCAAGAUUCAUUAUGAGACCACUGGACCAGAAAUAUGGAAAAGCUCAGGUGGGAAAAUCGAUGCCUUUGUUUCUGGAAUUGGAACUGGGGGUACAAUAACCGGAGCAGGAAAGUAUCUCAAGGAACAAAACCCCAAUAUCAAGCUAUAUGGGAUAGAACCAGUGGAGAGUGCAAUUUUGUCUGGAGGGAAACCUGGCCCUCAUAAGAUUCAAGGUAUUGGUGCUGGUUUCAUCCCUGGAGUUUUGGAUGUGGAUUUAAUUGAUGAAGUAAUCCAGAUAUCUAGUGAUGAAGCUAUUGAAACUGCAAAGCAGCUCGCAUUGAAGGAAGGCUUGCUGGUAGGAAUAUCAUCCGGAGCAGCAGCUGCUGCAGCAAUGAAGAUAGCGAAAAGGCCAGAAAAUGCUGGGAAACUAAUUGUUGUGAUCUUCCCCAGCUUUGGAGAACGUUACUUGUCAUCUGUGCUAUUUGAGUCCGUCAAGCGAGAGGCUGAGAAUAUGGUUUUUGAGCCCUGAGAGGGGGGGAGUUCCGGUCCAUAGAAGCGCAUGCGUUUUGUGCUGUUCUUCUGAAACAUGGUAUAGAGUUUAGUCGUCAAUCAUCGUUGUCAAUUAUCGUUGUCAAUCAUCGUUGUUUGGUGUCGAUAUUUUGUGUGCUGAUGUGUUUCCAUGAGUGUUUGUGUUAGAAACGCUCGUUUCUACGUGAUUGUAUUAUUGUAAGCUGUUGAAGCUGGCUGCGGAACUGGAUAUCUAUGCUCUGUGACAGGAUUAAAUUGCGUCUAAUUUCAAGUUUAGAGCAUAUUUGAGGAGAGCAAGAAAAGAGUUUCUUCUA